GGCCUCGUGACUGCCUGCCUGCCUGCCUGCCGCUUGGUGAUGGCGACUCCGAGGGCGGAGGCACGUGGCCUCUUCCGAAAAGGGGUCGAGGCUGUCCUGGGCAGCUGGCCUGCUCUGCAGGUUGCAGUUGAAAAUGGCUUUGGAGGAGCAUACAGCCAAGAGAAAGCUGAAUGGAUGGUGGAGGCUGUGGAGCAAUACUUUCAAAGCAACGCCGACUUGGAGCUGGAGGAGAUAGAAGAUUUCCUUGCCGAGUUGAUGAACAAUGAAUUUGACACGAUGAUAGAAGAUGGAAGCUUAGCUCAGGUAAGCCAGCAAUUGCGCCUGUUCUUUGGUCAGUGCCAGCAGGGAGAGGGAGCAGCAGUGCAUGAAGCCAUUGUCCGGCUGGCUCAGAAGAAGCAAGAGGCAAAGGUGGCAGCUGCAAAAUCAAAGCCAGCAGAGGAAAGCAGCAGUGAGGAGGAACAGGGGACUGAGGAAGAGGCUAUGGACUGCAGUGCUGCUCCCAGCAUGAAUGGACCACAGCCCAGCCCACCUCCUUCCUCCAACGCAGAUCCUGAAGAUGGCUGGACCUUGGUGAGGAAGAAAAAGAAAUGAAGAACAAGGGGCAGCUACCACGACUGCAGGAGUUCUGGUUGAGCUGGUGCGGCAGGGACAUGUGUGAUUCCCCUCACCCCCAGCUGCAAGAGACUUAAUAUUUAUUUUUAAAGCAUCAAAAGGAGCAGCUUGGAUGACAGAGAUGUUUUUGGUCUCUGCGUGUGAGGCUUCUGCACAGGCCUAAGUGUGUUGUGCAGACACAGCUACAUGGUCCCUCUGCUCCUGACUUGGUAGAGGCUCUCCUGCGCUGAAGGGGAUACAGGUUCAGCUGCACAAAGGGCUGAGGAUCCUUGAAGUGGUUUUCUUUUCAAUGCACUGGAGGCCAUCUUCCACCUCUGCCACCUCCUUGUGCUUAAAAAUGGCUGUUUUAGCAGCAGGGUGGAUUCUUUUGCAAGGAAAUACCUUCCUCCAUGGCAAGGCACUGAUUUCAACAUCUCCACUGCCUCCUCUUCAACUCCCAGAAGACUAAAUCAGGCCAAUAUCUUUCCCCCCCCCCAACCCCACCCCGAAGGGAAAGAUUGCAUUCUAGACAAUAUUGAAACAGACAGAUAAGCAUAACAGAAAAACAAAAUUCUGUAUUUAUAAAAAAAAAGACGACAAUGGAAAACCAAAUACAAUAAUGAAACUAGAAAGUAACAUGGACAAUACACAAAUCCUUGGUUGUGGGACAGGGCACUUCUCUCAAUAGAAGCCCCCUUCCCUGUUCUCUGUAGUGGCCAGCCACUGUACAUGAGCAACAAUAAAAUAUUAUUUUGGUAA